AGAAAAUUCUACGUGUUCUAAGAUAAAAUUUUUAGGGCAAAUUCAGUGACAUUUGUUGUUGUCAUUCCCAAUAUUUCCUAAAGGCGAAUCAAGUCCAUCGUUACUAUUAUCAAAAAGACGCGAUUAAAUUGGUGAUAUCAGAAGAAACGUCCUUGCUGCAUCCUACAAUAAAAAGUGCUACGAAAUUAUAUUUCUAUGUCUUCGUCAAGAGGAGCGUUCUAUCUGCUCCUGAUAGCCCUCUCCCUGGAAAGUUCAUUUGGAAGUACAAAGUACUAUAUUAAAUUGAAUGACAAUCCACCUACACUUUUUAAAACCAAGAGUCCUCAGAAUCUUAGAUUUUUGCAUUAUCCGCUCACCGGAAGCAAAGGAUCUCUCCAAGACGAAGCAGGAACCAGGAUUCAGGAUGAGGACCAAUCAGCUUCAAAGGAUUUUGGGCCAAAAAUUGAUAGAAGAUAUUCUUUUGACGAAAGCUCUACUUUUAACCCAGACGUUCUGAACAAAUUUUUGGAAGAAUAUGCGAACAAAAUUAAGACGAGUACUGAGAGAAAUUACAAAUAUCCUUUGAGAACAGUAGCAUCGGAAGACAAAACUUCAAAUCUUGAAACAAACAGCGAAGAACAUGCGGAAAAAGAAAUGAUUUCUUCUGUGAUUGUUCAUAAUUCAACGACGGUGCGAGGGACCCAAAAUGACCUCAACGACACUUUGAAGAGAAAUAGUUACUGGGGAGGUAGUAAUUCUCAUGACGAUAAAAAAGGAUGGGUAACUUUGGAUGCCAUUCCUUGGUCAAAAAGCAAAAUUUCCAAAUGGCAAGCAAAUCCAACGUCCCAAAGACCCUGGCCGGAAGUUAAACCUUGGGACAAAGAAAAUAAUGUAAAACCCUGGCAGGCGGAUCCUUAUCCUUCAAGGCCAUCAUACGAAAGCAACAAACCUUGGUCAAACAGGCCAAAACCAAACUGGCCUGAAAGUUCAGAAGAGAAGCCCUGGUACUCAGAUCGGCCAAAACCGAAUCAACCAAUGAAACCCUACAUAGACCGAUUCGAGGAAAAUCCUAAUCAGGCUCAAAUAUGGCCCCCAGAAAAGCCCUCCUAUAACAGAUAUCCAGAUAAUUAUCGUCCAACAAGUGAUAUUAUAACUGACGAGAGACCUUCCAAUUUCCCCAGUAAUUGGGAUCGACCUCAAAUUGCAAAGCCAAAUUAUUCCUUUGCGGAUAGAUACACAAACAAGAAUGAAGAAGACCCGAACGAUUGGAAAAAUCAAAAUUAUCCAUCUAAAUACGAAUCACAUGACCGACCACAAAGUUAUCCUCGACCAACUGAAUCAAAGGAUAGACCACAUUUUUCUCAAUAUCAGUACUUGAAUGACCAUCCACCUACUCAUCCAUCCAGUGGAGAUGGACAAUGGAUUCUACUUUCUACAAAUCGAGGAUAUACCAAGAAUCGUCAAAGGUCGAUUAAAGUUGAUGCUCUCACUGGAGAAACUCUAAAAGUUACGGAUGCAACCAAAGCUCAAAAUCCAGAUAAUGAUGACCACGAUUCUACUGUUGCUGUGAUGACUUCAAGAAGACAGGUAAGAUUAACGGUACUUCCAUCGGUGAAUGGUACCAACACCACCACUUCGCACGGUGGACUCCUUGAGGUCGAACGUACCUUCAAAACCGUUGAUCAGAGUCAAAAGGAAUACGAAAGAAACAAGAAGACUCCGCUGACAAAAAUGACCAGUACUAGACCCUUCAGAAACACUAUUGUUUCCGGAAAUCCUUCCAACUCGGCUAUAUUAGCAGCUGUAAGUGCCGGAAUGUUGCCAGCAACCAUGGCCAUGAUGAUCCCUAUGAUGUUAGGGCGAAAAAAACGCGAUACGAAAAAUAGUCAAAUUACGAAAGUUUUUUACCUUGACCAAGGACUUCGACAACUUGCGGAUAAGCAGAACAACCAAAGAACGAAGGUACUGAGGUUUUAGGCUUUUAUUAUUCUAAAAAGAAAAAUAGUUGUUGGCUCCAGUUGAAUACUGCUAGGUAGAACAAUUGACACCAACUUAAAAAAAAACUUCUUUUUUAGUAAUCCGAGGCUAGUUCAUCUUUUUUGAAUCAAUGUCUUGUACUGAUUUAAGAUCAAUUUUCAUGAUUUUAAGGAAGAUCCUUUCAGUAAGCUUCCUUCUAAAUUUUCACAGAUCUUUUGUUUUCUAUUAUAUCACAGCUUAAAUAUUUGUUGUUUAAAAAUUCAAUAACAAAUAUUUUUCUGAAUGCUCUUAAACUUGGCAUGACUCCGCAUGGAUAUGCGUAAAUUAAUUAACAUCUUAAUCAUGACAAAAUUUUGUUACAAAUACUUUCAAGUGCAAGAAUUGAUGUGGAAGGAUUUGGACACUCAUAAAAA